ACAGACAUCCACCUCUCUCGCCCCUCCCUCACAACCAACGACUCGGCCGUCCUCCAAGCCCUCUUCGACGCCGAAUCCUCCCCAUCAUCAGGCGUCACAAUCGACCCAUCUCUCCCACCUUUCCCACCGCACCUCCACAUCACCCCCGAAACCUACGAGAGCCUCAAAGCGCGCGAACUCGCCAUCAUCCAUACAUUACAACCCAGUGAUGUCAGCCCAGAAACCGUCCGCUCAGCGCUCCAAGACCUGGACGUACUCAUCGCCGAACAUCCAACAUACCCACCAGCCUACAUGAACCGCGCCCAGGCCCAGCGCCUGCUCAUCACCACAACUACACCAGCCACAACGCAGUCCACCACCGAAGAUUCAGACGAGCAGAUCUUCAUCCUAGCCAACACCAGCGCGGCAUCAGCGCUUUUCGACGACCUGGGCCGCACAAUCGCCUACGCUACGCCCACGUCGCCUGCAGAUGCAGUGUCGACCGUGCAAGCGCGGGUUUUGGCCGACGCGCACACGCACCGCGCGUACCUGCUGCUGAAGCUGAAGAGGGCUAGACAGGACGGGAGUGAUGGGGGCCCGGAGAAGCUGAAGGGUUGCACGCCGGAGGAGAUUGAGGAGAUGGCUAGUCGGGACUUUUUUUUGGGUGGGCGGUUUGGGAAUAAGGUUGCGCAGCAGAUGGCUGUGCCGACGAAUCCUUAUGCGAAGAUGUGUGGGGCUAUUGUGAAGGAGGCGUUGAGGAAGGAGGUGGAGGGGUGA